AUGUCUGUGCAUGAAAUAACGGGCAACAUCCAAAGUCGCUUUGUCCAGGUUACGACGCUCCUUCACUUGAUCGAUCCAGUGCGAGGUGAACCAACCGUGUACGGCCUCGAUCAAGGUGCGAACGCAGGCCAACAAAGUCGAGAGAAGCUUCUGAAAAAAAGGUUUCUCGAUUCUGUCGCCCUUAUAUGCGCAAGAAGGAAAGACGGCGACACAGUGUCCGCGGCUUGCCUGGAGGAAGGCCUUCCCGAGGGAACAGUCGUCCGUAUUGCUAGUAAUCAGGGCGUCAGUGAUUCUACCCUUACUGAGCUCCGAGAAAUCAUACAUAUCUUGAAUGGCAUUGCCAGUGGCGAAUACGGCGCAGCCGACAAGGAAUCGGAAGUACUGGCGCGGAUCACGAGUCUCGACAUCUCCAGGAUACGAACUUAUCUGAAAGACAUCCGCAACAUCGGUGACGACGUGGAGGGCAUUUUCGAAAGCAGUGGCUCAGCAUCGGCGUUACAUCAAAUUGACUAUGUAAGAGAUUUCCGGGAAUGGUGUGCCCACAUCGUAGCAAUACGACAUACGCCUCCAGGAUCUGGCCCGGAGCUUCUUGUCGAACACCUUCGGUGGGCCACGGAAGCUCGACGGACUUACCUGAGUUGUCUGCAAGCUCUGUUUCCCGAUGCGUGGCCGAAAUGGGCCCGCGCGAUAUUCAAGCUAGGACGGUAUGUGAUUGCUUCUAGGGUGCUGCUGCAGUUUGCGUCGGACUAUCCAACAUUCUUCAAUCCCAUGCUGGUACUCCCCGCAACCGCUCCUCCGAAAGCCAGGUUCACGUGCUCCCAAGAAGAAAAGCCCCUGGCGACCGUGCUGCGAAGACUCUCCAGUGUCCCUGAGGUGGACAAAUACUCCUCAAGGUUAGCUCAGAUCUGGGGUGUUCGAGAUCCAGAAGCCCAUUUCCGAGAUACUUGCACAUUGGACUUAGCUGUGCAUGCUGAGAUGCAGCUACUCAAUUUCUAUGACAGUAAUCCCACCAGAACCCCCCCUUUUCGCUUCAUCGGAGUCAGCAAAAGAUCAUGCUUUUUGUGCCAAACAUUCCUAGGAAGGCAUCCGCAAUCCUUCGGUAUCACCUCUUCCCACCAGAAGCUUUAUCUCACCUGGAGGCCUCCACCCACAACCAGCCCAGCUAUUUACAGACAGUACAAGACCAUCAUACGUGAUCUGAGUACGGCUAUGGAAUCGGUAGCGAAACAGGAUCUACAAAAUCGUCUUGGUCUCCGGCGACGUGUUCCUGCGGACUCAACUGCUGGCGUAUCCAUCUCGGGAUUAACGGAUCACAACAGAACAUCACAACAUGAAUCCCUCCUCGAGAGGGUCACGCCGUCACCAGAGUCCGUCGUCGGGGAGUGUACACCGUCAUCGUUGCAGCCGAUCCCGGUGGUGGAUACCUCAUCUUCAAGGGAAGAAUCGUUCUGCUCUACGUAUACCAACUCACCUGCUGGACAUUCAUUUGCCGCUGCCGAGAUGGUAUUUCAUGUCAUGCGCCCAAACGAACCACAGAAGCAAGACAUCAUCGGCAUGCGCGACGUUAUAGAUGCCCACACCGAUGAACCAUCUUGGCCAAGACUGGUUGAUCUUCUGAUGGAUGAUUCGGGGGUUGGUUUCGGGAGAGGCGACUACCUCAUGGUAAACAACCAAAUUCGGGUUGGCAGCGAAAGGCAGUUUCUGGCUUGCUUGCAGUAUUUACGAAAUGAGAUGAUUCUGAACUGUGCGGUGUAUGUGUAUAACUCCGACACAAUAUCACCAAACAUACCACGGCAGGUCGAGUAG